CUGGUGACGUCACCGCACCGUCAUUUCUUUGGGUUCCCGGAUGAAGACGUCACGCAACUGCUUGGUAGAAUAACAAGAUUUUUCCCUUGGAAACAACUAGAUGCUAAAAGAUUUUUCCUUUCACGAACUGAGGUAAUUAGGUAUUUCAAUAUGUCAACACCAGCUAGGCGAAGACUCAUGAGGGAUUUUAAAAGGUUACAAGAAGAUCCCCCAGCAGGUGUCAGUGGAGCCCCUACCGACAACAAUAUCAUGAUCUGGAAUGCAGUUAUAUUUGGGCCACAUGACACGCCUUUUGAAGAUGGCACCUUCAAGCUGACCCUAGAGUUCACAGAAGAGUAUCCCAACAAACCACCCACAGUUCGGUUUGUUUCCAAGAUGUUUCAUCCAAACGUAUACGCAGAUGGUAGCAUCUGUCUAGACAUUCUUCAAAACCGGUGGAGCCCCACGUAUGACGUGUCUGCCAUCCUCACGUCUAUUCAGUCUCUUCUGGACGAACCAAAUCCCAACAGCCCGGCGAACAGCCUGGCGGCACAGCUCUACCAAGAAAACAGACGGGAGUACGAGAAACGGGUGGCCGCCAUCGUUGAGCAGAGCUGGCUCAACUUCAACGACGACGAGGGCAAGGAAUCCAAAAAGGACGCAUCCUAGCUUAUCCUGCUGAUCCACCCACCACCACCCACAACGCUUGGCCCUUCCCCACCCCCUUUCCCUCCCGAGAGAAAUGCCCCUUCCCCUCCCCCACACGAGACCAGACACCGAAAGAGCGAGGCCAGUGUGCACGAAGCCGCAUCUGUGUGGCCGCUCAUUAAAAAAAAAAAAAGCAGCAAGUGGAAAAGUCAACGGCUGAUUAAAACAGACUGGAGGAGGAGACUGUUGCUUCUCAAAAACUGCACACGAUUUUUCUGUGUGCUGGCGACAUAAGCAGGGUUGCUUUUCAAUUUUGUGUGCAGACUCAUUGCAACUUUGUGAGAGUAGCUCGUUUUCCACGCAAUGCAUGUGCUGCACAGUGCAGGAUGCUCCUACAGGGCUGGCUUCAUUGGAAAAAUCCUGUGCUUCUUGCAGUCUUGCUGCUUUUGAACUGAGAAGGCCAGCGGCUCUGGUAGGGGCAUGUUCUGACAAGUUCGUUUAAAAAUUCUGCAAUGUUGCAUGGUCAGUAGCUAUACUUGUUGGCUAAAAUGAGUGUGUGAACGUCCUCACCGCAUUACCCAUGUGGGCCUUAUAUAUAUAUAUAAAUCUAUAUAUAAACACAUUUUCUUCACCAUUUGUGCUUGUGGACUGAAAACAACAUAGUGCAACUGGUUGGGCAAGCUGUUUUUUUUAACUCCCCUCUUACAUGCUUUAAGUGCUAAAAUGAGUGGAAGGUUCCUCCUAUUUUAACUUGUUUAGACUUGCAUUGUAAGAUGGUUGAGCACCGCCUGUGUUUUGCGUUUCGAGACAUUUUAUUGACUAAGCAAGCAUUUGUUUCGUGGUUUACAAGGAAUCCCUUGUGAUGGUCGCUUGUAGUAUACUUGUUUGGUAACAGAAAAAUGAAAACAGUUCCAACACUUGACCCCCCCAUACAUUUUUUUUAAGUUGCACGAGAGAUUCUGGCUAGAUAAAAUUUCCAGGCAUCUUUACAGCAAAGUGCCUGUGAAUCAAGGCAGUGUCAACAGCGUUCCCGAUGUACAGUCGGUACAUUGAGAGUUAAAUUGCCAGAUCAGUUGAGCAGAUUAGGUUUGCUUGGGCAGUGCGCAACUGUUUGCAGCUGCACCUUCAUGUGCACCUCUCGAGCUCUUGCACUUCGGAAACAGGCCCGUUAUUAAUGUGCCAGCGAGUGGCGUGUCUUAAUACACUGCUUAGUUGAAGCGUGGCACUGCAAUUUCUUCACGGCACACCGCAUUUGUGCAUGCAGUCGCAUUAAAAAGGGGUUGUGCACAGUUUCGGAAACAACGCAGCCUAGUUCUGGGAGUCUGGGUCUUUUCUGCAUGCGUGCUGCAAUAUGUUUCUAGUCUGUUUCCAAGGUGUGUCUAGACUGUAGAGACAAAAAAAAAAUGUUGAGCUACUGCUACCGAAAGUGUCUAAACAGGACCUGACGGUGAUGCCAUGUUCUCUAUGGCAAUGCAAGUAGACAUGUCCUCCUCUCUGGCUCGCCUUCCCUCUUGCUCGCCUCACUCAACCAUUCAGCAGAAGGUCUUGAAACCGGCUGUGCACAUUUGGUAAUAUGGGCUUGCAUUCUCAUUGAGUAGCCGAGAUCAGCAAAGCACGUUGCACACGAGUAGCUGCAUUCAUUUUUUCUUCAAACAGCUGCUAUGUAGUUUACCUCCAUGUAAUCAUGUGAAAACUUGGCGGGGAGGAAACAUCACUGCUGCUUUUAAAAGUAUGGCAUCAAGGCAGAGCCAGCAAGUAAAGCUUAGAUUCCUAAACUCGUAGUCGAAACCGCGUAAAAAAAAAAGCCACACAUGUGCUCGGCUGCCCAGGAUACUUCAAACCUGUGCCGAGUUUUCUUCUCUCUCGAUGGUGCCAUAGCAACUCUAGUAAAUUUGCAACCCUUCCACGCCGUAUGCUGUCUGUACAGGGCUUGAUACGUUGGUAGCAACAUGCGAGAGCAUGGCUAAGAAUAUCAUCCAUGUUGCCGAUAGCAGCUAUAAAAAAACCGGGUGCUGUUCAGGUUAUGUCUGCAUUGUGAAUAGUGAGAAUCGUGGUUUUUAUACACACCUAUGUGAGCCACGGAAUACAACAUGCUACAAUGCUUCACACAGUCGCACUAGGACUACAGUUGCGGUUUCCACGACUUGUAUUCCUGUGUCUUAAAAACCACCACCCGGUUUUUGUGGCUUGUUACCAGCAACUGCAGAUGUGUGUUCUCGGCUGUGUGCUUGCGAAUUGAUGAUCAUGCAAGCUCUGUACUAUCGUGGACAAAUAAAUUGUGGAGAAUUGAAGUAGGACACUUAGAAUGACCACUCUAACAAGAUCUUGCUGUGCCGCAAUUGUGGAGACAAUGUUCAGCGAAACAUUAUCCGUUGGCCCUAACUAGUGCUUCACAUUUCAGUUGUCCAUGGUAGCACAGUCAGUGGUGACUUCUAUGUUUUUUUUCUCACUUCCUGUUGCUACGUAGUAGCAUUUACAUCCUUGGCUUUAAGAUCACGCUGUGAUAACUGUUUGCAAGAGCUUGCAGCUGUGGCAUGGGCUGUUUCCCACUUUUUUUUCUUUUGUCUUGUGCAGCGAGCAGUGUGUAACAUAGAUGCCACAGCAUUAGCCGGCUCUUAUUUCUCCCCUAUGUGUGGAGCAGAUCACAUCCUUCCAAGCCUAGUGUGUGUGCAUCCCCUCUCGUGCACACGUGAAAGUGACAUGAUCGGACCUACUAAAGUGAUGAAAUAAAAUCUUGCAAACGGAAA